UGAGCUGUUUGGUAGUGGGAAAUUAAACCCCCAUCACCUCAUUUACUUUUUGCUAGUUUGCAGUUCACUGGUUUUUGCAUGAAUGACAUAAAGAGCCUUCUUGGGUCAGCCUUUAUAUAAGGGUUUAUAAUUAUAAGGUUGAUCAUAUAUGCUAUUAAUAAAUAGAAAAGAGCAGUGCCAUAACUGCAUAUUAGCUUAGGCAGACAUUCAUGUAAAAGCCAACCCAUCAAUUUCAUUCGUCUAUAAAUCAAGAAAAGCAUCAAUUCUCAAAAGAAGAAACAACAAAAAUGCCUUGGUUUUUCAUAAUAUUCUUUCUUUGCUCCACAUUUAAUCAUCUUUCAGAAGCUAGCCAUAACAAGAAACUUCCAUCUGCAGUUGUAGUUGGUACUGUUUACUGUGACACCUGCUUCCAUGAAGAUUUCUCGAAGAACAGUCACUUCAUUUCAGGAGCAACUGUUGCAGUGGAAUGCAAAGAUGAAAAUUCAAGUUUUCAUCAAGAAGUGAAAACAGAUGAACAUGGAGAAUUCAGAGUUCAUUUACCAUUCUCUGUUGGUAAACAUGUAAAAAGAAUCAAGAAAUGUUCAGUUAAGUUAUUAAGCAGCAGUGAGCCUUACUGUGCAGUGGCAUCAACAGCAACUUCAUCAUCACUACGUCUAAAAUCAAGAAAGCAAGGAUUACACAUUUUCUCAGCUGGCUUUUUCAGUUUCAAGCCACAAAAACAACCAAAUCUUUGCAACCAAAAACCAAGUAUCCAAGAUUCUAAAGAAUUCAAUUCCAAGAAAAUCUCAUCAAUACCUACUAUUGGUGCUGGCAGUAUUCCUUCAGUAUCAUCACCACUUCAAGACCCAACAAUUCCUAAUCUCCCUCCUGUAUCACCACCACUUCAAGAUCCAACAAUUCCUAAUCUCCCUCCUGUUAACCAACACUUUUUCCCUCUUCCUUUUCUUCCUCAGCUUCCACCAUUACCACAGCUUCCUCCUCUUCCACCUCUUCCAGGAUUACCUAAAUUUCCACCGAUCCCUGGGAAGACCACAAAAGAAGUUAAAACCUCCCCUGAAAGUGUGAAGAAAACACCAGAAUCAGGAGAAGAACAACCAGACUUUUUCUUUCCAACACCACCACUUUUUCCACCAAACCCUUUUCAACCACCACCAAUUCUUCCACCAAACCCACUUCAGCCACCUCCAUUAAUCCCUCCAUUGCUUCCUCCAAACCCAUUUCAGCCACCUCCAUUAUUCCCUCCUAACCCUUUUCAACCUCCUCCAUCUCCAUCGUUUCCUUUCCCACCAAUUCCUGGCCUAACUCCAUCACCACCUCCACCAGUCUUUCCUUUUCCUCCUUUCCCCCCAUUCCCUUUCCCUCCUUCGCCUCCUCGAAUUCCAGGAAUCCCCCCUGCAGCCUCUAGUACUACUUCAACCACCCACAAAACUUCUCCUUGAUUUAUCUGUCAAUGUAAAAUUAUCCAAUAAUGUCUAGAGUAUUUAGACCAAAUUACCUUUUUCAUAUAUAUUUUCUUUCCUGUCUAGCAAAGUACAGCUAAAUAUAUUAGCUAUAUACACACUUGGGGUUGCCAGAGUAGUUUUGAUGUAUCAGGAACUGUGUUUUCUUAAUAAUAAAAGAAAGAGAGCAGAAUUAUUGUA